CCCUCGCGUUGUGACGCGGAACCAGAUCUAGGAGCGGUUUAUCCAACGUUUCGAACGUGCAACUACAAUGGGUUCCGCGUGGCUACCGACAUGGUCAACGUGCAACAUUUCCAUUGCGUCAGUGAAAGGGAUGAUGCGUCCAAGCUUUCCCAUGAGCUGACUGUACCAAUUUGGCGCUUGUCUCACCGUGGCAUUGAGUGGAAGCUGUUCAGAUCCUGUAGCUUGCCAAACGAAUCCUACGAUGAAGAUGUUCGUUGCAUCGUUGGGAACUUGUACGGUUAUCGUGCUACAGACUGUAACAACAACGCCAGAGGAUUGAAAUACCGUUCUCUGUUCUCUCUGCUGGGUAAUGAAUGGCCAAUCGCUUACAAUAGUGUUUGCAAUUCGAUUACUGGCGGUGUAGUUGCACCCUUGGGUUUGAUAAAAGCUAUGUGCAAAUUGUUCUACAAAAUGGAGGAAGACCUGCACGAUUUAUCGCAUUCCUUUAGAAAUAUCGUCGACGCUGUGGGAGAAAAAAAUACCUUAAAGAUGAACGAUUCAUCAGAUGAUGAUGCAGUGGAUGAUUUAACUCAGUUGAAUUGAGUUGAGUUCAGUUCAUCGUUUUAACAUUUUCCUUCUUAAAGCUUCUUUUAGCUUAAAGACAUUUUUUUGGUUUUUGUUUUGUUGCGUUUAAACACGAAAAUAAUGUAACCCAA